GUCGGCCGUUCGGACCCCCCGAGGUUUCCUCGAGAUGAUGACAAGGGGGAUGCACAUGGUGUCGGUAAGAUGGAGCUUGAGAAAGAAACCUUACCACACGCCGAGUCGGGAGGCGACGCCAGCGUUGAAGUUGCGCUCGUCAAUGGACUGGAUCCAAAUGAGACGGCAAACAGAUUCGACAGCAUACGAGCGAAGAUGUUCGAGAUGAAAGCGAAACUCCAGGCCAUGAAUGCAGAGAUAACGAAUGCUGCUUCGAAAGCAGUAGCAGAGGCAGAUGUCGAUGCAGCGGAAGGAUAUCCCACGUCGGUCGUCAACGAGGAAGUGGAAAAAGACUCCUCUGUUCUACGCUCCGCAUUCAAGGAGGUGGAGGUAGGACUGGUCGUUGACCAACCUCCAGCAGCAAUUGACAAGCAGGCUGAAGCAGAAACGGAUGAUGCCACAGAGCCUUCGAUAAGAAUCAUUGGGCAGUGGGAAUCAGAAUACGAUGACACCGACGAUGACGACGACGAAGACGAAGAUUUGUGGUACGACGCUUUGGAAGUUUGCGUCGAAAACGGGUGUCCGUGAUGCGAACACCUCUCGGUUUGCCAAUAUCGCGUCUCGUCCACCGAUCACGCCCUGGCGUAUCAGCAGUAUCGGCAUGUAGAUGCAGGAUAGUCCUCCAGACUGCGUCGUCUUUGGAAACUUCGCGAAAGCCUGCUAAAUAGGCUGGGAUGACUGAGCGUUGCACAUCCGAGCGUUUCAUGUCAUCUUGGUCCUGUUCACACGCACGAUCAAUCCGCCUAUGAAUACCCUGUUUCGUCGUGGUUCUCUAUCGCUGAGCGAUUGAGCUGGCGGAUCAUGCAAAACACCUUUGACUUCCAACGCAGCUGACGAUCAGCACUUGGGGGUGCCACAGGCCGUCAGACCGGUAUCUGUAGCCCAUCAUCAGAUGCUGCC